AUGGCGCGAAUACGUCCCGUUUCAUGGCCAACAGAGUAACUCUUGCCUCUUUCUAUUCCACGAGUAAGGUUUUAUGAUCUAAUUUAAUAAAAAAUAUAUUGUAUCUAUUUGGAAGACAUUACAGUUCCUGAAACUGCAGGAACUAAAAAAUGUCCAAAUCUUCACAAAAGAAUACUUUAUUUAACUACUUUGUGAAGUCCCCCACUGGAAGUACAACACCUUCACGGAGCUCCUCUGCUCUGGCGUCUUCCCCGUCCUUAUCAAGUCCUUCAGCAAAUACAACACCUCGCCGUACAGCUUUAACUCCUUCUAAUAAUGAUACACCAAAAUUGAAGGUUAAACAAGGAAUAUCCAAAACCCUUCUGCCUCAAAAAGAAGGCUACGAACUUGGCAGUCUUGUCUGGUCGAAACUUGAUGGCUUUCCUUGGUGGCCCAGUCUUGUUUGUCUACAUCCUGUUAAGAAAGUUGAAGGAAAAUGGGAAGUUCAUGUUCAGUUCUUUGACAAUCCCCCUACAAGAUCAUGGAUUCAUAUGAAAUUUGCAAGACCGUACACAGGUAGCCAAAGCUAUGAAUUACUCGGUGUUGGAAAACCUCAAGACAGUAGUUGGCAUGAAGCCUGCAAAGAAGCUGAUAAAGCGUUAGAGAUUCCACUAGAAGAAAGGCACAGUCUAGUAGUUGAAUUGCUCCCAUCUGAUGAAGAGAAUAGUAUAAGUGAAGGAUCUACACCCAAAACAUCAAGCAAAUCAUCUAAAAAACCUGAAGGUCCAAAACCUAAAAGAAGGCGUAUACUGGCGCAAGUUGAUAGCGAUGAUGACGUUUCAGACGAAGAAUAUAAGCCAGUAAAACUUGCUAGUAGUGAAUCAGAAGAUGAGGAGAGCCUCAUUGAAGAAGAGCAAGAAGAAGCAAGUCCAGAAGAAGAGGAAGAGACUCCCGUGAAAAGGAAACGUAAAUUACCAGCUAUGAAUUCGAAAAGCGUUUUAAGUACUCCGUCUACUCUAAAAUCAUUUGCUUGUGAUUCCCCUUCCGCCAUCAGUAAUAGUACCAAAAAGAAGUUGUCUGACUUUAGUUGCAGAGAUGCCGAUGGUGCAAUUUGCGAUAGCCAAAGUGAAGAUAGACGUUUUUCCCACUUGUCGUACGAUUUCCUUAAGCCAGAGAAAAUUCGUGAUGCACAACGGCGCCGUCCUGACGAUCCCGAAUACGAUCCGAGGACUAUCUAUGUACCUGAUUCGUUCAAGCAAAGCCUCACCCCAGCUAUGCGCCAGUGGUGGGAGAUGAAAAUCAACAACUUCGAUGUCAUACUAUUUUUCAAAAUGGGCAAAUUUUAUGAGCUAUACCAUACUGACGCGCUGAUUGCUGUCAAGGAACUGGGGAUCAUCUUGAUGAAAGGCGAUCACGCACACUGCGGUUUUCCCGAGCGAGGCUUUGCGAAAUACUCUUCUCAGUUGAUCGAAAAAGGAUAUAAGGUGGCCCGAGUCGAACAGACAGAAACACCGGAAAUGAUGAUCGAGCGUUGUAAACGCAUGUCUCGCCCCACCAAAUUUGAUCGCGUCGUGGAGCGCGAGUUAUGUCAGAUUACUUCCCGCGGAACUCGGACCUACAACGCGAUUGAGGGAGAUAAUUGGCAGGUUGAGCACCAUUUUUUGAUGACUGUCUGGGAGAAGAGUGGACCAGAGGGUGCUGGCGGAAAAGUUGAAUUUGGUGUAGCAUUUGUUGAUACAUCCAUUGGGAAUUUUCACUUGGGCCAAUUCGAAGAUGAUCGCUAUCGCUCACGUCUAUCCACACUCCUUACCCGUUACAAUCCAGUAGAAAUCAUUUCUGCAAAACGCGGAAUCUCAACAGAUACAAGCCAAGUGUGGAAUGCUGCCUGUCCUGCCGCACUCCAUGAGGUGGUGAGUUCGAAUGCCGAUUGCUGGGACCCAAUGAAAACUCUGCGCUCUUUAGCCGAAAGUGAUUGCUUUAAAGUGAAUGAGGAUCUAAACUGGCCAGAAGGCAUUAAGCCUCUCCUAGAUGAGACGAGCACACUCGGUUUGGCAGCCAAGGAAGAAUCCGAACUAGCCAUUCGAGCUUUAGGUGCCCUUUGUUGGUAUCUAAAGGAAUGUAAACUUGACCAAGAACUUUUAUCACGCCGUUCUUUUCAAAUCUACCGUCCUAUUGAUCAAGAACCCCAAGAAGAUGCUCUGAUUGGUUCCCACAUGGUUUUGGAUGGGAUGACACUACGCAAUUUAGAUGUCCUUGUGAACUCUUCCACGGGCACAGCAACGGGAUCACUGCUAGAACGACUUAACCGCUGCAAUACGGCUUUUGGUCAGCGUAUGCUACGUCAUUGGUUGUGUGCACCCUUAUGUCAACAGGAAGCCAUUGACGACCGUUUAGAUGCAGUAGAGUAUCUCUUAAACGAUGCAUCUGUUGUUGAAGAAGUGGGAAAAAUACUCAAAUCCCUUCCCGAUCUCGAGCGAUUGGUUAACAAGAUACAUAGUCAAGGCAGUUCGUUGAAAGCGAAGAACCAUCCCGAUAGUAGGGCCGUUUUCUUCGAUGGUCACAUCUACAGCAAGAAAAAGAUUUCUGACUUUUUGCUCACAUUGGAAGGCUUUCGGUCAGCACAGAAAAUUGAAGAAUAUUUCCGCGAGUCCACCAUUACUUCCAAGCUAUUGAGACAAUCGGUCAAACUAAAAAGCCAAGAUGGGGAGUUUCCGGAUAUGGACAAAGAACUGGAGUUCUUUCGCCUCGCCUUUGAUCACCAACAGGCAGCCAAGGAAGGAACUAUGAUUCCUCGACCAGGUGUCGACAAGCAAUAUGACCAAGCUUUGGAGAGGAUUGCUGAAGUCCAGGCUGAAGCUGAGAAAUACCUACAAGAUCAAAAGCGCCACUUUGGUGGAAAAGUGACUUUCGUUGGCGCUGAUAAAAAGCGGUUUCAAUUGGAAGUCAGCGAGGCAGCCGCUGGUCGUGCAGGUGCAAGUUAUGAGCUACAAGGCCAACGGAAAGGAUUCAAGCGCUAUUACACCGCGGAAUCUCGUGGUUUAAUUCAACAAAUGCUGGCAGCUGAAGAACAGCGAAAUGCGGCGCUUAAGGAUAUAAGCCGCCGUAUUUUCGAACAGUUUGAUAGUCACCAUGUUUUGUGGGAGAAUGCCAUUAAAUGUCUUGCCGUACUAGAUGUACUACUGGCUCUCACCGCUUUUGCAGCUGACCAGAAAGUUUGUCGUCCUCGAAUUGCUUCUCCUGGAAGCCACCAACGCCCAUUUCUACGGCUAGUACAAGGACGGCAUCCUGCUCAUUCACAGCUAUUUGCUAACAACGAGUUCAUUCCGAAUGAUGUCAGCAUCGGAUCUUCUCUUCCAUGUGAAACCGACCAUCUUGUCGAGGCAGAUCACUCCCUUACUUUGGUAACAGGUCCAAAUAUGGGCGGCAAAUCGACUUUGAUGCGGCAAGUUGGACUCUGUGUCAUUCUAGCCCAGAUGGGAUCUUUCGUACCCGCUGAAGAAUUUGAGCUAACUCCAGUGGAUCGGCUCUUUACGCGAUUGGGUGCCAAUGACCAUAUCUUGGGUGGUGAAAGCACCUUCUUCGUCGAACUGAGUGAAACAGCCGCGAUUCUCAAACAUGCCACACUUCAUUCACUAGUUUUGCUCGAUGAACUGGGUCGAGGCACUGCUACCUUUGAUGGAACAGCUAUUGCCUACUCAGUUGUAGAUUACUUGGCGCGUCGUCAAUGCCGUACCUUGUUUUCCACGCAUUAUCACAGCUUAGUUCACGACCUUUCUUCUCAUCCCCAAGUUCGUCUAGGGCACAUGGCGUGUAUGGUGGAAAAUGACGAAGAAGUGGACGAUCCUAGCCAGGAAAAUAUUAUUUUCCUCUACCAGUUUGUGGAUGGAGCUUGUCCCAAAUCGUAUGGAUUUCACGCUGCUCGUUUGGCUGGUCUGGAGCGAACUAUUAUUAGUCGCGGCUUCCAGCAGGCCAAACAAAUGGAAUCAAGGAUGCUCUCUGUUCAGCUUUUUCGAGAUAUGUUUCGAAAGCAAACGUCGUUGCCUGUAGAUUUCCAGCCAAAUUGGAAUUGCCUUUUGUGAUUUUUUGGGGGGUUUACUUCUGUUGGUUUCCAGCUAACGUUAAACAAAUCGGUAACAAAGAGAAAACUCAGUUAUUUCAUGUAAUGUUUAGGUUCACCCUAUCUUUAGCCAAACUUUCUCUUAUUAUUUUUUUUCUGUGUAGCAUCUGGGUUUUUUUUUGUAGCACCACCUUUU